CGCUACAGGAGAGGAUCAGCGAAGUUACCUGUCUCUAGUAAUUAACACAAAUGCAUCAAGACGUGAAUCCAUUCGUUUAAUUAGCUAUCUGCUCGAGUAAGAGCACUUGCAAUAAUACAAUGCGACGCCGUUUUCGUUUGCUUUUGUUUUGCACUCUUCUGGCAUUUUUCUCCGUCUUGUACGUGUUUAGCCAACUCGCCUCCUCUCUGGAAACAGACGGUGGAUUCUCCGAGCAGCGCGCUUCGCGAGCGAGCUCGCGAAGUGACUACAGCGGACACAAAGUCAAGAAAGUGUCUGGCAACGAAGGCCCAGCUGAUCAGGGCUGGGAUGAAAGGUGUAAGAGUUCAGUGUCUGUAUCAUACUGGAAUCCCAAUUGGCGAGACUCCCCUGGGGUCUGUGGAAUGAACUGCUUAAUGGAAUCCACCUGUAGCAGCAAGCAUUCGGCUGCCAGGCAGCGGCAGCAGGGCUCGGCCCCCGGAGAGGAGGCUGGCACGGCGGGGGUGUCGGAGCCCAUGCACCUGGCCGUGGUGGCCUGUGGUUCGCGUCUGGAGGAGACGCUCAUCAUGCUGAAGUCUGCACUCCUCUUCAGCCGCAGAAAGUUGCGCUUCCACAUCUUCGCAGAAGACGAGCUGCACAGCGGCUUCACAGAGGCACUCAACUCGUGGCCUGCUGUAUACCAGGCCAAGUUCAACUACUCAAUGUAUCCCAUCACCUUUCCACAUGAGAACGCCAAGGAAUGGAAGAAGCUCUUCAAGCCUUGUGCCUCUCAGCGCCUAUUCCUGCCUCUCCUUCUGAAAGACGUGGACUCGCUGCUGUACGUGGACACUGACAUCCUGUUCCUGCAGCCGGUGGAGGAGAUCUGGAGCUUCCUGUCCCACUUCAACUCCAGCCAGAUGGCAGGCAUGGCGCCCGAGCACGAGGAGCCUCGCAUCGGCUGGUACAACCGCUUCGCCCGCCACCCCUACUACGGAGAGACGGGCGUCAACUCAGGAGUCAUGCUCAUGAACAUGACGCGCAUCAGGGCCAAACACUUCAAGAAUGACAUGACGUCAGUGGCUCUGCUGUGGGGGGAGCUUCUGAUGCCGCUCUUGCAGAAGUAUAAGCUGAACAUCACCUGGGGGGACCAGGACCUCCUCAACAUCAUAUUCCACCACAACCCAGAGGGUCUGUUUGUCUUCCCGUGCCAGUGGAAUUACCGUCCCGACCACUGCAUCUACGGCAGCAACUGUGCCGCUGCCGAGCAACACGGGGUCUUCGUGCUCCAUGGCAACCGAGGAGUGUACCAUAACGACAAGCAGCCGGCGUUCCGCGCCAUCUACGAAGCCAUACAGCAGUAUCCGUUUGGAGCCGACCCAUUCGGAGCCCUGCUGCUGCCCCUGGAGGAUAAGCUGCGUGAUGCGUCCCACACCUACUGUGGCCGUGUGGCCCACCUCUUCACCAAGAGGCUUCGGCAGAGUGUCAUCGACCUCCAGCAGCGAGCCAACGGCCCUCGGAGGAGCUCCUAAGACUGGCUUCCAUUCCGUUCCAUUCCAUUCCGUCCAGAGAUGGUGGACUGAAACAGCAGCUUGAGAGAGGGAAAAGACCUGCCAUGAAUUCAUACCUUCUGUCGGUGCUGUUUAUGCAGGUGACUACAUAAAUUAGCUCGUUCACCUGGCUGAGGAGCGGUGUGUGCUAAUGGUGAUUGUGUGCCGGUGGAAUGAGUUGGGUGGACACAAAUUAUCUGGCAAGAUGUUUGCUUUCUAAAGCUGGAAAGUGUACGUGUGGUUCCGGCCCAAGAGUGGUUCUACCUGUGGUUCUUCCUCUGCUCCUCUGCUGCCAUCUCAAGACCCAUUUAUACCCUGCGGUAAUUACGGAAACGGACGCUUUCACCCGGUUCCGGGGGACGUUCCAUCCGUCAGUUUGUCCGUUGGUCAAGAGCUUAGCAAUCCGAUGAGCUCCGAACAAAACGGAGCAAUACCAGAGGAAUUCAUGUGGGCAGUAUAGUCAAAAAUAUAUCAAUUCACAAAACUCAAACAAGAAGAGUAGUAUUUCACAUCUACAAACGAAAUAGUACAGGAAAUAACCUGUGAAUUUGUGAAAGGGUAUAUUUCCACUACCAUACUAGCCAAGCUGAAAACAUGGCUCAUUUGUUUACAUUUGGGCUCGGAGGACGCUCGUUUUCCCAUCAACCAACGUAAAUGGCCAGCAUGAAGUCUCCAGGAUUUGUUUAAACGUAAUUACUAGAGAUGCACCGGAUCCUGAUUUUUAGGAUCCUGCCGGAUACCGGAUCCACUGCUUAAGAUCCUGCCGGAUCCAGAACCGGAUACCGGAUCCUACGAAAGGGUUGAAACCCAUAGCCUACUCGCACACGUGGGCCUUUUUUAUUACAUUGGCUCAAACUAUUUUUUAGACUCAUUGGCUUACUGCCACACUGCCUGCAAUGGCCGCUUCCAAAGGGCUUUCACUCCAUGCAGCGAUUGGGGUUGUGAAAGACUGACUGAAAAGCCUAGGCUACGUUAAAACUAGAGAUGCACCAGAUCCUGAUUUUUAGGUAACUGGCGGAUACUGGAUCCACUGCUUAAGAUCCUGCCGGACCCGGAUCCUGUGAAAAACCCUACUAUCCUGCCGGAACCGGAUCUUAGAUCCGGUGCAUCUCUAAUAAUUACACAAAUCUUAAAGUUGUUUCAGUGUGUUAUCGCCGUGAAUCGUAGGUCUGACUAUUUUAUUUGGGCUAAAUCAUUUCUAAAAACUAACACACAUCUGCCACAGCAACUGUCCAUUUAUAGCCAACCAAUGCUGCCUUCUAGAGGAUUUAUUAUGUAACAUCCAUUUGAUGAACGGAAGUAUGAAUGCAACUCCGGGAGCAACGGUUGGCCCGGAAAGACGAAUUUCACCCGAUUCCGUAGGGUAUAACAAGGCCUUCAGGAGGGUACUGAUGGGUGGCUAUAGAAAGCCCUGAUUUGUUUUGGCCUGGAGUAAAGCGUGCGGGUUACUGUACAUAGGUGCUGUCUCUGUGUUGAAGCGCCAACUUGGUUCUGUCUUGUUCCUAUGAGAAGAGAGGCCAAACAUAUCGUAUCAAUCAGGAUGUGACAAUCACUCUCCUUCAUAAUGCAGUAAUCUUUGAAGGUCCUUUUAAAGAAGGAGGACGGUUUCUGGAAUUUUAGCGGGCACCAAGCCAAUUUUUUUUCAUUUUCUCUCUCCCUCUUUUGUUGCAUUGCCUGCAGGUGAGCUUUCCAUGUAGACCAGAUCUACACCUCUUCAUCUUCCAGAGUAGUAGCAAAGUGUGUUGACAUUCCUCUGAAUCCAUUAGUGAAUGUCACGUAUGAGCUACGUAGAUCAAACAUUGACAAGAAUACCCACUUGUAGUAGGUAUUGCAAGAGCCAGUAUGAGGAUCGUUAACUAACAGUCUAUAAUUUAGCUUUGCAUCAACGUUUGAUGCCUUUUUUAAUCUUAUCUGGAAUAACUUAUAAGGGCUUAUGAAUACAACAUAUCAACACCUCACUAAUGAUUGUUAUUUCCUUAGCUUUGCCAUGGAAUCCGUACUUUGUCUCUGGACAGCAACAGUGUUAAUGUUGUAUUUCUGGGGUUUUUUUUUUUAUUAUUUGGUUUUGUUUUGUUUUUUCUAUCUUGCCAAUGAGACAGUACAUACUGUAUAUGGUAAUUCUGUGGCUGUCUACCAAGAUAGACUAUUUUAAGAAGGUGUUGGAAAAAUAGUAUUAUACCUGUAUAAUGUUACGUUACAUUGAAUUUUGCAAAUAUCAAGAAUAAUGUAAUUUGAUGUUCAUUGGUGUUAGUAUUUAGUUUUUUUCAUGCUAUGAAAAAGUCUAAGUUUGAACAGAUACUGAGUGAGAAUGACAAUAUACUAUUUGCAGUGCAGCAGUCAGAACAAAAAUGUCUUAUAAAACCUGUGGAAAUGUAUAAUUUAUCAUUGAAAAUAAGACAUUAAUGUCAGUCAGUGUGAGGAUGACAUAUGUGUCCAUAUCAAGGUAUUUUAAGGUACUGUUUUAUUUAAGCACUUUCAAAAAAGAUUUUAUCUGGAGAAUUUUAUGUUCUUUUUGUGUUUUACAGAAUGCCGUCUUCAUGCUGUGAAACAUAGUAGAGAUCAAAUCUGUAUUUAUAUUGACCUGUGGUAGCCUAAAUAGAAACGUUUACAUGAUGACGAAUCAGUCCACUCAGCCAAUCACACUCUCAUGUCUUUUGGCUGGUACCUUACUGAUACCAAAGCAGAGGGUUUUGCACUAAGUGACUAUCAGGGUUUCUCUUGUCACAUCCUCAAAGCCCGUGGUAGAGCCGCCCAUGCUUUCAAAUGUCCUUCAUACUGUAUGUGUGUGUUGAAACUCGGAAACAUCCGUCUUAAUUUGUCUGUCAACCAAUCAUGUCAUCAUAGCCUUGUGUGGCCAUACAGGAAAUGCAGUAAUAUAUGUAUAUUUUUAUAAUAAAUGCCUUGAUUCAGUCUCAUAUCAACAUCA